AUGUCCCGUUUAUCUAGUAGUUGGAUUCGUCAUUUGCUAGGACAAGAAACUUAUCAGCCGUUAGGGAAUUCUGUGGAUUCAUCUCAAGCUAAUAACGAACCAUUACCUGGUCACUAUCCUGAAGAACCGGUUCUUCAGAGUAAUAGGAAUGCAAUAAAUUCUAACUCCAUUCAACAUCUAUUCAAAAAUGUGGGUAAUUGGAUCAGUUUCCUUCUCAUAAAACCUAUUAUAAUUAUGUUGAUUCUUUCGUUUAGAAUAUUGGCGAAGAUUAUAAAUAUAAUAUAUUUCAGAGACCAAUACACAAGGUCUAAUUCAAGGAAUACAGCUAACUUAGCUAUAAAUAAAACUGGAUUGAAUGAUUCUAUAGACAAAGUUAACAAAUUUAUUCGUGAUCUUGAGGAUAAUUUAACCCCCGUACAACAUCAAAACUUGGAGAGUGGUCUAAGUCCUCAAUUGCCACCAUUCUUUCUUGGUAGCUAUACUCAAGCCUUAUAUAUGGCGACUAAUAGGGCAAAAUUCUUGUUUGUUUACCUAUCCAAUCCGCAAAAUGAAAAUUCAUCUACUAUAUUUAACAAGGUAAUAACAAAUCCAGAUUUUAUUUCCCUUUUUAAUUCUAAUCCAAAUAUUUUAAUAUGGGGAGGAGAUUUAACUAAUCCUGAAGCUUAUCAAUUAGCCAAUAGUUUAAAUGUUACAAAGUUCCCGUUUCUUGGCUUAUUAUGUCUCACCAGAACAACAACUAUGUCACAACAAGGUCCCGUCAAGACAAGUCCUAAAAUAUCUUUGAUUCUGAAAAUUCAAGGUGGACUUGACGAGGAUGUAAACAUACGUACAACAGUAAUUGAUAAAUUUAAAAGGAAAAUACGCAAAUUUGAUGAAGAAUUGAUAGUAAUGAGAACUGAAUUGAGAGACAAGUACAUGAGUCAGGUUUUAUUACGACAACAGGAUAUCAACUAUCAGAACUCUUUGAAAAAUGAUCAGUUGAAAAAACAAGAAAAAUUAUACAAACAAUUAAAGAACGAGUACUUGAAUUGGAAAAGCGUAUAUUUCAAUAAGCUAAAAGAAGAAAAUGACCAUGAAGACAGUGCUAAAAUUGCAAUCAAGUUAUCUGAUGGUGAGAGAGUAACAUUUCAUUUUCCAUCACAAAAUUUAAUAGAUGAUAUAUUUAUAUUUGUUGAGCUACAAAAUGGUAAUUACCUAGAUGGUAGUAUAAAGAGUACAAUAACUGACGAUGAAGCCUCUGAAAGAUUUAAAGAUUUUAAACUAAAUUAUAAAUUUAAAUUAGUAUCACCAUUACCUCCGAGAACAGUAUUGAACAAUUAUUUGGAUGAAGAAAAUCAUCCCAUAAUAAGAGAUAUAAAUUAUAUCUACCCUAAUGGGUUGUUAAUAGUGGAAGAUGUAUAG